AUGAGCACUAAUCGUGAGUAUUCGCUGAUCGCGAAACACUGGCGAGAUAUUGGAGCAUAACAACACGAGAGAGCAGGUGCAAAUCGCUUGCCGUCGUACCACGAAAAUUACAUUCCGCAGAAAAUCCACCCAACGAGCAAAACGGCUCUUUUUGCCCCAUUUUCGGUUGAUUUCGCCAUAUUUGGUGCGCAGGCAGCCGGCGCUGCAGUAGCAUCGAAGCUAGGAAUCGACUCAUCGUCAACUUCUGAAACGAGUGAAACGAUCGCGGAUCCAGCAAUCGCCACUCUGGAGUUGUGUCACCAGCAGUCGCAGCCACAACCACAACAACAGCAACAACAGCAACACUCAAGCGCAGAAAACGCAUCGUCCACGUUAGGUACUGCCUUAGAACUAAUGGACCUGAUCAAUCCAUCGAUUAUGCACAACGCCACUUCCUCAAAUCAACAUUUGUUCUCGUCAGCGCCCACAAUGGUUCGAUCUCCAUCACCCUUCACCAGCGCGCUGACAUCCUCCUUGCUGAAUGCGUCGGCCGCGAGCAGAACGGCGACAAGCCCCGACGAUUCCGGCUCAACGUCAGAGUCGAACACAGAACCCUCAGCGAACCUCGGAAGCACGACCGCAACUGCGACAGCUGUAGCUGUGACCAGUGUGCCGAGUGUUAGCGGGCAAGAAACGCCGAUAGUUGAGAAGGCUGAACGACCCAGUUUGAGCUACAAGGAUCUGAUUAUCGAGGCAAUCGAAAGUAGCCCCGAAAAACGCCUUAAACUCAACGAAAUCUAUCAGGUUGGUCGACCAGUUUUCACUAAUUUCGAUACAUUUCUGUAA